CCCCACCGUAAACCAUAUUCAACCCCUUUCUCUCCUCCCUCUUCUCUGUCGCUCUCGCUCUCCCUCUCGCGCCUCAAAAACCCUAGGAGAGAGAAACAGAGGGAGAGAGCAACCGCGCCGCACGAAAUUAGAACAGAGCAGAGAGCAUGGCGCAGCAAGCGAACGGCGGUGAUGUGAACACGCAGCAGCAGCCGCAGCAGCAGCAGCAACAGCAGCAUCAGCAGCAGCAGUGGAUGCAGUCGCAGCAGCAGCAACAGCAUCAGCAGCAAUGGAUGGCCAUGCAGUACCCAGCGUCGGCGAUGGCCUUGAUGCAGCAGCAGCAGCAGCAGAUGAUGAUGUACAACUACAUGCCGUACGCACAUCCUCAUCCUCAUGCUCAUGCUCAUCAAUAUCAGCAGCAAGCUCAGGUUCAGCAUCAGCAUCAGAAGCAGCAUCAACAGCAGCAGAUGGCGUCCGCCGACGAGGCCAAGACGAUCUGGAUCGGCGACCUCCACCAUUGGAUGGACGAGACCUACCUCCACAACUGUUUUGCACACACCGGCGAGGUCUCAUCAGUAAAGGUUAUACGCAAUAAGCAAACUGCUCAGUCAGAGGGGUAUGGAUUUGUCGAGUUCUAUUCUCAUGCAACUGCUGAGAAAGUUCUGCAGACCUAUAAUGGUGCUGUGAUGCCAAAUACAGAGCAGCCCUUCCGUCUAAAUUGGGCGACCUUUAGUACGGGUGAUAAAAGAUCAGACGUUGCUUCUGAUCUAUCCAUAUUUGUAGGGGAUUUGGCUGCAGAUGUAACUGAUAACAUGUUGCAGGAAACCUUUGCUACUAGAUAUCCAUCUGUUAAAGGAGCAAAAGUGGUUAUUGAUUCAAAUACUGGUCGUUCAAAAGGUUAUGGGUUUGUUAGGUUUGGUGAUGAAAAUGAGAGGGCAAGGGCUAUUUCUGAAAUGAAUGGCACGUAUUGUUCAAGUAGGCCCAUGCGCAUAGGUGUUGCAACCCCCAAGAAAUCAUCUGGAUUUCAACAACAGUACUCUUCACAAGCUUUGGUGUUGGCUGGUGGGCAUGCAUCAAAUGGUGCUAUCACCCAAGGUUCCCAAUCUGAGGGCGACUCAAAUAACACAACUAUAUUUGUUGGAGGACUAGACUCUGAUGCCAGUGAUGAAGAUCUCAGGCAGCCAUUUUCCCAAUUUGGUGAGAUUGUCUCAGUGAAAAUACCAGUUGGGAAAGGAUGUGGAUUUGUGCAAUUUGCUAACAGAAAAAGUGCUGAGGAUGCGAUACAAAGUUUGAAUGGGACAGUCAUUGGAAAGCAAACAGUUCGUCUUUCGUGGGGCCGGAGUCCAGCAAGCAAGCAGUGGAGAGCAGAUUCCAGUAACCAGUGGAAUGGGGGACAUAACAGAGGGCAAAGCUAUGGUGGGUAUGGAUAUACUGUGCCACAGACUCAGGGUCUAGGCAUGUAUGCUACAGCUGCAGUUCAUGGAGCUUCCUGAGAGGUUGUAGCUCUUGUCAACAGCAGGUAUUCUGAACUUACAGGAGUGGCUUUAUAAUUUAAUUACCAAAGACAUGAUUGAAUUAGGAUGGCUUUAGCUGCACAUCCUGUAGCUGGAUUAAAUUUUGAUAUAUUGGUCAUGUUUUAAAAUUGUACUAAUACUAUAUUUACUAUGAGUCUUGGUCGAAGGAUGUCUUGAUGGAUGAAUUUUUUUUUUCCUUUUA